UGCAUGUUGAACAAAGUGUUUUGCGUGUGUUUGUGUAUUAUAUGAUUCACAUUCGUAUUUUUCAUUCGAAAAAGUGAUUAUGGAAAAACCAUUGAAGCAUAUGAAAAUGGAACCAGUAUCGACAAUAACCGACAUCAGUAAUGUUGUUGAGAAUCACGUUCAAAAUGUUGAGACGAUGAUUGAUACGAAUGUUGUCGAAAUGAUCGUUGUGUCCGAGCAAGAACAUCAAUCAUCAGAACAACAAUUGGGGGAUGAUCAUGAUAUGGAAACAUCGAAUGAAGAGUUUGACGCAACUAAUCAUUCAUUACGAAUAUCUCGCCAUUUUAUAACAUUGUUGGAUGAAUAUCGUUUUCUCAUGUCAUGUCUGAUGAACACCUGCAAUUGUCAUUCGAAUUUUGAUUAUCAAUUUUUUCUACGAAAACUUGAAGAUCGUUACAAUAAAUUAACCAAUCUAGUAUCUGACGAUUCAUCCGUUUCCGAGCUAUUGAGUCAACAUGAAGAAACGACUAUUGAACAAUUGAUGGAACAAUCAUCGAUAAAUCGUAUGCAAGAUCAUAAACCAAUACCUGCUUCAUUCAUACAUCGAGUUCGAAUUUGUGAACGUCCUAAAUCAUCGUCGAUAAUGAAUAAAGAUAUCAUUACUAUCGAUGAUGAUGAUAAUGAUGAUGAUGACGAUGAUCAAAAUGAAGAAAAUAAUGAUGAAGGUGGUUUUUUUGAAUUGCCCAAGUUUGAUAUAUCUCUGAAAGAUGCUCAAAUUGCCUACAAAUGUAGCCAUUCAAAAUGUGAAUUUCUUAGCUUCAGCCAGGAUGAUCUCGUCGAUCAUCUAAAAGAUCAUUUAUCUGGUACAUCGACAACGAUUAAAGCUGGUGAUAUCGAAGCAAAACGAGAAAUAGUCUAUGUUUGCGAUCAAUGUGGUAAAGAAUUUGCUGGACAAAAAUGGCUUGAUAAUCAUAUUGACAAUGUUCAUACAUAUACCCGAUUGUUUCAUUGCGAUUUUCCGGCCUGUACGUAUAGUUCUAAAUUCCGUUGUGUAAUGGAAGAUCAUAAACGUCGCCAUAAGAAGAGCAAAGAUUUUAAAUGUACAUGGCAAGGUUGUGAUUCGGAAUUCGUUACCCGACGUGAUAUGGUUGCACACGUUAAUUUCUAUCAUAAAGGUAUCAAAAAUUAUCAAUGUGCAUGGCCUAGUUGUGAGGCUAGCUUUAAGGAUUCGAAUCGUUUGAAACAUCAUUAUUAUACACAUACAGGUGAAAGACCAUAUAAAUGUGAUGUUUGUGAUGCCAGUUUCAAACAAGCACCACAUCUUCAUAAACAUAAACGUAUUCAUACAUUAGGCAUACAACAAUCAACAACAAUGUCAACACGAUCAUCAUCCGGUAUGUAUAUCUGUCCAGAACCUGAUUGUCAAAGAAAAUUUCGUACAGCCAAUGAUCUUGAACGACAUCAGAGAAUGCUGGAACAUCGUUCGUUGAUUGUCAAAAUGGAAGAUGAUGUACAUCACAUCUAUCAAUGUGUUAUGGCUGAUUGUCAACAAUUAUUUCAUAAUCAAGAUGAUCUUGAGCAACAUAUAAACGAUAAACAUUCAUAUAAAUAUAAUAAUACAAUCAAAAUAGAAUCGGUGUAA